AUGUAAAUUUUCAUAAAAACAUUGGCAGGCAAGAAAGUCUCAUACAAUAUCGAAGCAGAUAAUACAAUUCAAUAACUUAAAAUGCAAUUAUAGGAAAAAGAAGGAAUUAGCUCUGAAUAAUUUAAGCUCAUCUUCAAAGGAAGACAUCUCUAAGAGGAUAAUAAAAUAGCUGAUGCUCAAAUGUAAGCUGGAGAUACUGUCCAUAUGGUCAUUUAAUUGAGAGGAGGAUUUUGA